AUCACAGAAAAUAGGAUAUAUAUUUAAAAACGUUUCCCAAUUAACUAAAAUGUGAUCUUAAAACUUUUAAACUUCAGUUUAAACUCAAAACUUCAGUGAAACUUGGAUGGACAUCUAUCUAAAAAUGUAUUUCACUCAAUUCUGACUUCUUAAAACAAGACAAAACAAGAUUAAGUCUUCUUAUGAUUAUUAAAGGUCAUCAUUUUGACCAUAUAUUAGCAGCUCUGAGGGACCACUGGGUCUUAGAGGAGCAUUUGUCCUUAUAUUAAAUAGUCUGUAACUGCAACAUUUUUUCCUCUGCCAGAUUUUCUCCUUGCUUACAGGUUUUCUUCCUCCUCCUUUGCUGUAAAGCCAUCAGCUACAAGGAGCUUGCCUUUAGCAGCAUCUGCCAAUUUCCAUUCCUAUUUUGCUGUUGGUAAUUGCCUACGAGUAAAGAAACUAAAUAUCCAAGUUUAUAAGAACUCUGUGUAAAAUAAGAGAUAAUAAUAGGCUUCAAAUACAGGAAUCACCUUAAAAUGAUUUGCACAGACUUGGAUGAUUCUGUUUCAGGUAGUCAAGGUUGCAGUAUAAAUGAACUCCAGAGAGAGUAUGAGUUCUUGACUGUAUCUCAAGUCUUGGUUCCUUUACUAAACUGGCAGUCAAGUUCUCAGGGUCAAAAAUUCGUAUGCUGUUUCUCUUAUCACACUAUGGGAAGAGAUGUGGACUAGGAGCCAAGGAACCUAGUUCUAGCACAAGUUCUCACACCAACCAGUUUUGUAACCUUCAUCAAGUCUUUUAAUCUUGGUACUUGUCCUGCAAAACUUAUGAGGCUGCUCUAGAAUUAAAUUAGAUCAUGAACACAAAAACACUCUGAAAAGUAUAAAGUACUACACAAAAGUAAACGAUUUUUAAUGGUAUUUCACUGUUUCUGUGACCUUGGAACCAUUAAGAAAAUUCAUACCAGAAAGAAUAGAGGGAACGAGAUAAUUCUUAAAUUGCUUAUUAAUUAGGAAACAUCUAUUAUCUUGGAAGAAUAAUAUAUUCUAAGAGUUAGCCUAUCUGAUUACUCCUCCCCUAUAUCCAAUCAGCCCCCAGGUCCUUUGUGUCUUCUGCACAAUAGCUCACAUCUGUCCCUUUCUUGCCAUUACCACUUCAGGCCUUUCUUCUCUCACACCUGGGCUGUAACAGCCUCUAACUGGCUCCACUCAAGGCUUCUCUCGCCCUCUCAAAUCCCACCAGCCCACAGCUGCUAGAUCAAUUUUCUUAAAACACUACUGUGAUCAUAUCUGUUCAAAAACUGAGGACUCUCCACUACUGUCUCUAUUAAGUUCAAAUUCCUAAGCUCAGCAGCCCUAGCUGCCUCCUCACCUUUACCUCUUACUACUAUUCCAAACAAAUCCUUCCUCAAACUGGUCUAUUUAAGUCCUUCAGAUAUGCCUUGCACUUCUCUUGCCUCUGAAUACUCUCUCCACCCGGAAUACUCUCUACUUCCCAGCUUCUAUCUUGGACUAUACAAAUUCAACCCACCCUUUAAGGCCUAGUUUGAGGGCCACUUACUAUGUAUACUCCUCUUUGAUUACCACAAAGGAAAAGAUGGCAGAUUCUAAAGUUAGAUAUAUUUGGGUUUGAAUAACAGCUUCAAUAGAUAAGUGACAUGGGGUACAUUUCUUAAAAGCUCUUUGCCUCGGUUUCUUCAUCUGUAAUAUGGGGAUAAUCACAAUUUCCCUUGGACAUAUUGUGAGGAGUAAAUGAGUAAAUGAUCAUAUAAAGCACUUAGCACAAUGCCUGGCAUAGAGGAAGACCCAAAGAUGUUAAGAUGUUGUUAUUCCUAUUGCCAUUAGUGAAUUAUCUUCAUCUGAAUUCAACAAUGCCUAUGGCCAUUACAGACAAUCUAUUCAUGCACAUAUAAUAUCAUUCCCCUCACUCUCCUUUUCUAUCCUCUCACCUCAUUUCUGUUCUUCCUCUUGUCCCCUCCUAAGAUUACAUGAUCCUCAUGGACAGGCUCAAUGUCUUAUAUAUCUUAUUAUCUGUAAUAGUCAUGCAUGCCUACUAGAUGAUUAAUAGGGUUGUUUAAAUCCCUAAUGAAAGAAUACUGAAGGGCAGACAAUUUUAAAAUACCCUACCUCCUAUAGUGAAAAAGUGUAAUAAAAUACUUAGUUAUUAAUUUAAAAAUUUUAAUUUCCAGCCUCACAAAAUUAUAUCUCCCCUUUCAUGGUUUUCUAGAUUAUUUUUGCUUUCUCUUUCUUUUAAAACAAAUAGCUCAACCUAUUCAUACAGGAAGAGGUGCAACAGCAAAUAUAUACAGGUCAGACAGCAGCCAAAUACUGGAACACAAGGUACCACGAGACAACUCAGCUGAACAUAGCUUUGGAUGAAGUGAAACAUUUAGACAAAUUAAAGGGAAAAGCAACGGGCUCAUCAGUCAUGCUAACACUGCUGAUUGUUACACACACACUUAUAUACUUAUAAACACACACACACACAUUUCCAGGAUUCCUUUGUACCCAGGGCCACGUAUAAACAACUGAAAUAUCCAGGCCAGGCUACUAUAGCAAGUAGAUGUAGAAAUAUCGCAGUUCGCUCAACAACCGAGCUUACCACAUGAUCAAUCUAAUUAAUUACCUAUGUCAAAAGUGACUACUGACAUACUUCAUGAUUCUAAAAUAACCAAAUUUUGGCUAGUUAAGUCAUAUCAAGUAGAUAUGGCCUUACUGUAUACUAAUGACCUCAAGAAAACUAGCAUGAUAACUUGACAUACAUAUGUUAUUACUUUACAACAUAAACUGCUUUUGACAAUGCCCAGGCAAAAUGAUGUUACUAUAAUACUGAUUUCUAGUUUAUUUGUAUGACUACUAACCUUCAGUUUCUUUCACAGUCAAAACCAGGCUUGGUAACCAUUAAUCUCAAAGGCUUGAUUAGUAGAGUGAAUUAAGAUCGUUCGAUGAUAUGUUAAUGAUGUCCAAAAGUAGCAUAAUGUACUAAAUUUAUGAAGAAAUUAUAUUAAAUUUCUAUCCCUAUAAUACUUGUCUUCAGAGGACCCCUAAAAUGUUUUACCAGCUUUAAGUGUGCAAUUUUCUCAAAUCACAGAAUCUUAAGAGUUGGAAAAAGCUUUACAAGUACCCCAUUGCAGGAAUUCUUUACACCACCUCCUAGGCAAAAAGUCCUCCACCCUUUGCUUGAAUACUUUCAGUAAUGAACAUUCCUAUUUUGCAAGACAGUCCACUCCACUGUUCCUUUCAAUCACUGGAAAUUUGCCUCAUUGUAUUUCUAUCCAAAGAUCCUAGUUCUGAUUUUUGGAACAACACAAGGUAAGUUAACCUCUGAAACAUAAUCACUUCUAGAAUUAGGAUAUAGCUGUCAAUCUGGCAAUACGUAAUGGGAAACAAAGCUCAGGAAAAAAGAAAGAAGAAACCACCACUAUACACAACAAAAUUUUGAAAUUCAGGAAACUCCUGAAUUCACAAGCCAUGUUUUCAAGAUAUCAAAGCUCACACCUCAGCGAACAUAUAAAUAUUGAGUAACCUGAUUUUUCACAGUGGAAGGUGGUACAGUGUCUAUUGAAUACCUUUUUGCAACUUGAAACUACUAAAUCCACGGACACGGUUUUUAAAAUUACAAUUCUAUAGGGAAUUCAAGAUGAUUUUUCCAAUUACUCAUAUUUUCAUUCGGUCUAUUUCCCUCUAAAACAUCCAGAUUUUUUUUUUAAGAUCCCAUUUCUCCCCACUGGUGCAAUAUUUUAUUUUUAAAAAUAAGCAUUUUCGAAAAUAAAGCCUAAAAGAACGGAGUGUAAAGGAAUGGGGGUGGGGCGAAGAGCGAGGCCAAAGAAGGGCCCAGCAGGAAAAGGCUGGCUACUGGGUAUUUUCCUUCUGAAAGCAUGCUUCACUGGCAUGGGCAUCUGAAGUAAUGAGCCAUAGAAACACAACCCAAGAACAAGAACGAUCAUGAGCAAUGAGCGUAAGGCAUAAAUGUCUGUAAGAUGUAAAUGAAUUGGCACUGAUCAACCAACAGCGCCAGAUGCUUCAGGACCUCGUCGAGGAAAGGUAAGAGGUACAGGCAGAGACCACGGCCACUCUUUUGAGGGGGAGAAGAAACCAAGAAGAAACUAGCGUUCAUCAGUCCAACGAAGCCCGAACGGUACAGGGCACAGGAAAAACAGUAAGUGACUAGGGGGAAGGCACACACCCCGAAGAGCCUAAAGAAGAGUGUGCAGUGUGAGAAUACGGAACGGGUCCAUGGGCGUGGGUAAGGGGAUGUGGGAGUAUGUAGGGGCAGCGCAGGAGUCCCAUGGUCCUCUCCCUGCAGCUGAGCAACAAGAGGGUAAAGGAAGGGGGAGGGCGAAAAGCAAGAAUGACUCAUUCCCGAAAGGAAGUGCUUAAGCCAUAGGAAGGCAUGCCACAAGGGAAUCCGGGGGGAGGAGAGCUGGGUGCCCAGACUGAUGGGGGCAAAAACCAACGUCCUGUAGUUCCUGCAGCUCGUCCUCUAGAUGGGGGGUGUGGGGGAUUCGCUGCAGCCGAGUGCCAAGGCCUGGGAAGCGGCGCGGCGCGUGCGCAGUGGCGCUCGGCGGGACCCGCUGAGGCAAAGCGGAGCCGCAGUGACAGAAGCGAGCUGAGCGGCCGCCGGGAGGGACUCACCGAGGCGCAGGGGCUGGAGGUGGUGCUGGGGUACUUUUCUCUAGUAUCUGGUGAUAUCUUUUUAGUGGUCCAGAUGAGUGAGUCAGCAUCUCAAGAGGAACCCAAACCGGCUCAGGAAAAUGGAAAAGAAAACAAGGAAAGGAAUCAGGAAGAAAUUGAAGUGAAAGAGCCUAUUAAGAGCUUACAAGGUACACCAGAGAGUUCUGCAUUGGACACCAGCAACAAUGUGGCAAAAGAAGCAAUAGAUGAAGUCAAAUCCCAAGAAUUAAACCUGGAGGAGCAGCCAAAAAUCCCAGUUUGUUUAAUAAAGGGCUCUAAUGUUGGAAUCUCAAAGAACAUUGUGGUUAGAAAACCUGCAAAAGUGAUUUUCAAUUUAGAUCAAACUGUACUGGAUUCAAAGCUGGAACAACCAUGGAAGAAAAAUCUUUUUGAAAGAGUGGAGGCAAAAGCCCAGGCAAUGCAGCAAAAAAUAAUAGAUAAGGAUAACUUGAUGAAAGAAUUAGAAAAAAAGGCUGAAAAACAACUCCCUAAGGAUAAUUUGGCCAAAGAGUGGUUUAAUACUGAGAAUAUGACACUGAACACACGUGCAUAUUUGCUUGACAAACUUCUGCCCACCUUAGUUCCUGGAGUGGAAAAAAUGUUAAUGCAAGUGGAAAAGAAGAAGCUUUUGGCAGAAGUUGAUAUUCCAACCAAAUUUGAUCCCAUCAAUUAUUUGGGAGAAUACUUAAUGAGAAAUAAUCCUUAUUAUAUCAAAGACUCAGAAAUGUCUGGCUAUCAGAGAGUGAUGAGAGAUGUCACAGAAGAGCUGAAGAUACACAUUCCCAACACUCUCUCUAACAGAGUAUCCAAGAUGAAGGAGAACAUUAAACAGAAACAAGAACAAAGAGAAUUAAUAAAUGAAGUCAAAGUCAAGGUGGCCAACAUACGGAAACAGGCUCUGCAGGAGCAGUUCAAUGAAUGGAUUCUAGACCCCAAAGGAAUGAUUCCUAUGAUAGUGAUUCAGAAUGUUCUUUAUGAAUUUUUUCAAAGUUCAAAUUUCCAGCUUGAACCAUGUUGCAAAAAACUGGAUAUUGCUGAUUCAAUGGAACCAAGAUUGAACAAAAUGGAAUUUGCAGAAUACAUCUCUUCACAAAUUUCAGACUUCAAAAAUGAAAUGUUUGAGGAACUCCUUAAGUACUUUUGCCACUGUGCAGAUGAAUUCCGGGAGGUCAUAAAAGCUGACAUGCAGAGGCAGAUGUUUGCUGAACUCUUCCUAUAUUGUGACCUUGGGAAGGUAGGGUUUUUGGAUCGGCAGAGGACACUGGCCUUACUGGAAACAUUCUAUGACCAAAGUUCAAAAAUGCUUAGAAGUUUACUCCGAAACCCAAGACAAUGGCCAUUCAUUGAAUUUGAAGAGAUUGACUUGCCUGAGUUCUGGGGAGAUAUGGAUAAUCAGAAACACAUUUACGAAGACUUUGACAAAGUAGUCUUGGAGAUGAAUACAUUACUUUCUCAAAAAAAUGCUAGCAAAACCCAAAGCAAAUUGUUAGAAAAUCCAGAAGAUCAACAUAAACAUGAGGAACACAGAAAAUCAACACUACCACCAAGCCCACCAGAACAGCAGAGAGGGACAACUGCAGAACAAGAACCAAACAGAAUUUCAACAGAAGAACAAGAUCAAGACAGAGAGUCAACUGGAGAAAAAGUGCUAUACAGAGAAUCAUUAACAGAACAAGGAAUUCACACAGGGUCGACUCCAAAACAAGUAGUGAGUAGUGAGUCAAUAACAGAACAAGGACCACUACAAAAAGUAUCAACUUCAGAACAAGGAAUCCACAUAGAAUCAGCUGCAGAACAAGGACUUUAUGGUGAAUCAACAGCAGGACAACACAGAGGGUCAACAACAGAACAGAGAUCACAUAGAGCAUCAAUUGCAGAACAAGGAUCACAUAGAGAGUCAGUAACAGAACAAGAACCACAAAGUGGGUCAACUGCAGAACAGGGAUCACACAGAGACUCAGUAAUAGAAAUAGAAAUAGAACAAGGAUCACGCCGAGAGUCAGUAAUAGAAGAUCCUCACAAAGGGUCAGUGGCAGAACAAGAACCACCCCCUGCAGAGACAAUUCCAGAAAAACAACAAGACACAGACUCAUCUUUACAAUCCAGAAAAGGUAGUAUAUCAAGAGAAAGUAAAAAGUCUAGGGAACUCACUUCCUUUGAGGACAUCGAAAUCCCUCAACAGGAAGAGAGGGCUGAGGAGCAAACAUCUGAACUAUACAUAAAUUCAGAGCUUCAAGAGGAAGCUCCAGUAUCAAGUAGAAAAGAUAGUUUUUCAGAAACUGCAAAAAAGGAAGUUCAGAAAGACAAAUCCUGUGAACCCAAGUCCCAAAAAAUAGAAGGAAAGUCAUGGUCAGGUGAACUUUUGACUUGUAACUGGACAAUGAAGUAUAGCAAAUGUGAAGAUGAGCAAGAGGCCAGCUUAAUCUAUGGUAACUCCAGGUUCACAGACCUACACUCCAUUAUGAGAAAUAAUCAAUCCUACAAGCACAUAAAUGGUAGGAAUGCCUUCAAUGGAGUUUCCUUCAAUCUGCUCCAGUUUGUGCAACUCCUGGAGACAUUUGUUGGUAAAGAUGUCCCCUUGAGUAUCAGUGAGACACUCACCUCGUUUUUUAAGAGGGGCUAUGUUGAAACAAAAGAAGAGAAAAUGAGCGCCUUAAAACAGGUUAGACAAAAUGCUUCUCGAGUUAAACGGAGACUUCUCCUAGAAGCCCUCUUUCAGAAGUGGGACAGCGAUGGCUCAGGCUUCCUGGAUCUGAAGGAAGUUGAUGAACUCUUGUACACAUACAAGGAAGGAAUGGAAAAAGAAUCUAUGAAGAAAGCUAAACUGCAUGGCCAAUUUCCAAAGCCACACCCUGGUCAUGAAGUGAGAUUGUCUUCAAAGCAGUUUCAGAAAUACAUAGAAUUGGUUGUAUCUGAACUCAGGGGCAAUGAAGAUAAUGUUCUGGAAAGUGUUGUGGAGUUUCUGAUGAAUGCUUUAGAAAGAAGCCAUAUUGAGAGUCUGAGGAAUUGUGCCAGACAGAAGUGGCUGCACCAAAUCCAACAUGCUGCAGAGACAAGUGGGGUAUCCCUGGAGCCAGUAUACACUGAAACAUUUAGGGCCCUCACCCAGGAUGCUGAAGCCCAUGGAAACAAGAAGAUCAGUGCUCACAUUUCCCUCUUAGAGGAAAACCUACUACUGCCUGAAAGAGGGAAUGUUCUGUUGAGGAAUGUAGCUUGUACUUUAGAUGAUGCUCCAUUUGUACUGAACAGAGUGCUCUACAGGGACAUGAAGGGAAUCAGCUUCUCAGUAGUGGAUGAAGGGAAGCCAGUGCACGUGCCCCAAGUUCAGCACCACGGAAACAUCUUCUUCUGGAACGAUUCCCUUAAGAAGAGUGAUCAAAAUGGGUCAUUUCUGGCUCUGCCUCUUCAGGAUGCAUAUAUGAGGACCUUUGGGGUCAUGGCUGUUGACACCCUAAAAGAUCCUCAAAAAAUAAACAUCUUUUUACCUCAUGAGAUCAAGUUCUAUCAGGGUGUCGCCAAUGUCUUUAGCACUGCUUAUCACUAUGUCCACAGUCGGGAGCACAUCCUGCAUGUUGUGAUCACUGGUAUCGGCUGGCUAUACGACAUCACACAUAGCAUUGCCGCUGUCACUACAUACUUUGUUGAGCCUGGUCCAGAGCAGGAUUCAGACUAUGUCUUACGCAGGAUGAUGGCCACAGGCCAUCUGGGUCUGACCGAAAUCUACAAGAAUCCCAGUAUCAACUUCAGAAAGACGUGUAUCUUCAGAGAUUUCCUCUUUAAGUGUACAGACAGUUCAGAAGUUGCUUUGGCCUCUGUCUAUGGAGAAAACCACAUAGUAAUUCCACUUCGUGAGAGAACAGGAGAAGCUCUGGGAGUUCUUGAUUUUAACAUUGGCAAGAGUAGGAUGUUGUUAUAUCGAGAAUUUAAAGAUCUACAGAAAAUGAUGAAAGUGAUUCAAGCCGCUUGCUAUGAAAUACUAGGAGAAUUAUCUGGAGAAAUAAAGAAAAACCUUGUCUUAGAGGUUGAAAAAGUUGGAGAAGUCCAGAGGGCAGGAAUUCUCUUCUUCCGAAUCAUGCUACAAGAGCUGCAAGAAAGCCUCCAACUGCUUACCUCCACGGACUUUGUAUCACUGUUGCUCUAUGAUCAUAAUCCUCCAGCCAAGUCAAAAUCUCCUCCAGACAAGUCCCAGGAGUUGAAAGAUAACACAAAGCUAGUACAUGACAUUCUGAUGGGGGUUAUCUUGUUCAUUCAUCCAGAGUUGGAAUUAUCCAGUGACUUAGGAAAUUGGGAUGUAUGUAAACAGUAUGUUGACAGACACUUAGUCAAGAAUAUUUGUACCUUUGAUCCAACUGCUAAGCAUGUGAAAGUUAACUUACAGCUCAUUGUUCAAUAUAUCAAAGAUCAUUCUCGAGUUGAAGUAUGGGAAUUUGGUGAUAUUACCAUUGAAUACCUAUACCACUGGACACACAUCUGUUUAGCUCUUUUGGAGCUAAACAACAAACUAAGUAGUGCUAUAAAACCCCCAUUGCCCUCCAAGACUGAUUCCUCCAUAUAUGCAAAAAUUCCAGGGGGAAGCUUGCUAGGGAAGUGCUGAUUAACUGGUACUGUAUUUAUGGUAUUUUUGUCAUGUUCAGUUUUGUUAACUAUCAAUUUUUUUCAAUUGGAAAGGAGUGCCACAUAGACAUAUUCUGCUCCUAGACAUUUACCUCAGUACUUUCUAAAAUCAAAAGUGCUGUUUGGAGAAAUUUGAUCUAAAAAAUGUCCAGUUAAGGUAGCUAUAACCAAAUAUAUGUUAUAAAAUAUAUUUAAAAGUUUCCUUUUAAUUUUAGCUUUGUAUCUGCCAUGGAACUAUUAUGGUUGAUUGGGUAGAGUUAUUUCAAUCCUUUUAAGGUACAAAUUAAAGACAAGGCUUUUGGAAAAAAAUGACAAUUUUUAUAUCAAAAGAAUAACAAGUAAUAAAGAUUUUAAGAAAUGGACUUGAAAUUGUUCUUCUAAUUUUUGAAGGACUUAUAUAAGUACCCCUUCUUCUGCUUCUCAACCUCGCCCCCUCUUCCCCACUUACCUUAACAACUUUAAAGUUAUUUCAAUUAAUAGAAAUUCUUGUGGGAAAAUGUUUGUCCAUGACUCAUGGAUAAAGAAAACACCUCUGGAGUUCAAGGUCUGCAAAGAGAAUUUAUUUUGUUUAAAGCUUGUUAUUACAGCAAACUACUGCUCUGUUGUGAGAUUUCAUCUUUGCAAUAAGAUAUCUGAUGACAGAGUCCAUUUUUAAUAAAAUUUUGGGAAAUUAAACUUCAUUUUCUUUAUUUGGUUGACAAAAUAUGAUGUGUUCCAAACAUCUUAUAGCUUG